CUAACAGCGUUAUGAAUUAAUAUAAUCACAGCAAAUCCUUGUGAAGGCGCUGGGCUGGCUAAACAGAGCUAAACUAAGAUAGUCUGCGCAGAUGCAGCGCAACAACAACAAAGAAAGACCACGUGUCCUUAUCCCGCAGGCUGCGUUCGUUUUGCGGGGGUGUGAAGCUCUUCAACGAUUCUCCUGCUCAAACAACAUGGCCGAACCCACCGUCAGGAUAUCUGGAUUUCUUCUCACGUCCUUAAUGUUCCACCAUCUCAACAAAGACUCCGACGUGAUCCUAGAUCCUGUGGAACGCCGCCUACAUGGAGCUCUGCUGGUUGAGGUGUUUGGUGUGUUUGCAGGAAGGUUUGAUCCUGGGGGAGAAGCAUCUUGAAGAGCAUGUGACCAUCAGUGACGUGCAAGAUGACCGUGUCGACGUGCGCCACACCUACAGCAUCCAUAAGCACGUGUGCUUUGACACACUCAACACGCUGUACGACAGCGUGGGGGGGGUGAAGAUGUCGGCAGUCCAGAAGGUGUUGGGGUCCAACAAGCAGCAGGAGCGUGUGAUUGGCUGGUACCGACAGCGCAGAAACUCGGAGCAACGCAUGACGCUGCGAGAGAAGGCGGUGCACGAGAACCUGAAGAGGGCGCUGUCCAGGCCUCACAUGAUCUUCGUGCUGCUGACGCCUGGCACACCCACGUGCACGGGCUCCACCUACCGCACGGACUACUCUGCCUUCCUCCCCGGCAGCAGGCACGUGGUCAGCGUUCCUCUGGAGGUGGACAACAUGGCGUCGCUGGACCACAUGGCCUACUGGCUGGCCUCCACGCCCUGCUCAGCCCCGGGCUACCGGCGUGCCGUCUGCCAGCACAGCUCCAAGUUCUUGGCUCCUGAUGGACACUUGAGAGACGUGGACGCCGUCAACGCCAUGAACGACUCUUUGCAAGCGGAGCUUCAGAGAGCAUGUGGCGCCGUGGCAGACAGCGAGCGUGCGGUCCAGUCUCUGCUCGCUGACGUCUCCGCCCUCAGGAAGAAGCUGGCCAACAGGAAGUCGUCCGCAGCGAGCAAAGGUGAAAACGUAUUGGAGUGGCGUGGCGUUGAGAACGCUGGUGAUAUUCUUCCCGUUUUCCUGUCGCCAGCUGGCAGAGCAUCUCGCAUGACGAAGAACCUUUGCCUCCAGCUUGCUGUCAGAGCACUGCGCUUAGGCUCGCCGCUCUACACCUCACACAUGCUGACAUUGGAUGCGCUUCCUGUGGCCGACGCAUUUAGGCGGAAAAAGCUCCACCCCCUGCGGCCAAUCGCAGCUCGGAAAAGGACAUCUGGAAUGACGACGGGGCGUGAGAGGAAGCGGUGUAAGAGACCUGCUGACAUCGCCACAAAAAAUGAAAUGAAGAAAGACGCUGCAGUCGGGAGUGAGACAUUUUUAUAGCCAAUGAGUGAAGGGGGAGGCGGGGCUAAUCCAGAUGUUUGACGACACAGAUGUUUGGGUCUCUCAUCAGUUGGGGAUGUUUGUGCGUCACCGACAUGAAACCUACACACACAGGAGCAGAAAGUCAAGGCCCCACGUGACCUGAUGCAGUAGCUGCUCGCGGCCACCGGGGGGCAGAGAAGGUCCACGUGAGGCACGUACCCAUAGCGUGAGCCUUCUUGAUGGCUUUGGAGAUUGCUCUUUGUUUUGGCCCACAGAGUCCUGACAAAACAUCACAUUGCACUUAAUAAACCAGCUCAUGAUCACGUGACUGAUCUGCCUUUUACAUCUCACCUGUCAAGUGACGCCCGUAAAUCCUUCCCGUGUGCGGCGACACGAACUGAGACAGAAGCUGCGGGGGACAGACAGUUAGCCUGGGAUGCUAAUGCUAGCCUGUCUUGUCCACUAGAGGGCGCCAACUCGCGGGCUCCUGGGUUCCUGUCACUGCGUCCACAACCGGGAGGUCUUUUUUGGCAGUCACAUGUUAGGCAUGUGUAAUCUACGCCGAUCUAUGUCUACAAUAAAAAGUACACUUCCUUGCAGCGAAGCCUUGCCACAUCCAAUAUGGCUGACAUAUAUGGUUUUGACAGCAGGCCUUUGCUGUACUGUUGUGAAUAUCUGCUAGAGCUCACAUCGUCAUGGAUUAUUCUGCGUUGGUAGUGUCUUGUCUGCUGUUAUCUAUUAUGUUGCUGUGUGAUAGAUGGCUCUUUCUUGAAAAAGCACCGUGAGUAAGACUAGUGUGUGGAAUGGCUGGUAAGGUCAUUGUGAGCGUUGUGGUUACGCUGCUUGUUUAAAUAGUUACAUUAUUCUGAGACUUGUGAGCAGCACAGAAGUCAUUUCGUGAUGCAGCAAGUUCAGCACUGUUGCAAAUUUGUGACCUGGGCGUCUGUAUCGGCUUUUAUUGCUGGGGAAAAAAACGAUACCCAUGUUGACCGAUAUCACAUUUUUAUGCCAGUGUCAACCUGUUAAUUAACGGUAGUCCGAUAAUAUCGAACAUCACCAAUUUUUACAAUCCAUGAUGACAGAGCUGCUGGAAAUGUGAAUUUCUCUUGGAGAUGAAUAAAGUAUGCAAGUAUUGGGUCCUGCAUAUCUUUUACUUCAGCUUCACUUGUGUCCACGUGCAAUCGCUACGCUGCAAGUCUGCACAGUCAUUUGAUAGCAAAUGGAAAGGGAAAGUUGAUCAAAGGCGAUAAAGUACAUUCAAGCAGCUCUCUUCUUCUGCCACGCGCAUAGAUGGACAGGUUCCCUCAGCGCGGGGACUGGAACACCAACAUGAGUUCAACCUUCAAGAUGAAUACGCAACAUGGUCAUCACACUUAUAACGCACACGGAGCAAUGAACAACUUCAUGCCGUGUCUCCUUCCUUCUUUCUGCUAUGACCAUGCACUCUGUGCUAUGAGGCGUUCAGGUGCGCUCAGAAUUGUGAGUGUUAGGCGCUAAUUGUUUUCCAUUCGUAUUCACAUACCCCCAAUGACAACUGGCGUACCACACUGUGGGAACCUAGGCUGUGGUGUACAACACAGUCAAUGUGAGUCAUGUUCCUGUUAGCUUGCAGGCUAACGCUGCUCCACUAAACUUUCAAGCACAGUCACGCGUGUGCAUAGGCAGGGCCGGGCUGCAAAGAUGAGCACUAGUCUUCAUGUACGCCUGCUUUCAUCAAUACUUGGCACUAAAUGCUCACUCAGUCUUUUCUAAAUGGCUUUCUUCCUGUUUGCUCAUUUCUGGCCACUCAUAAAGCAUGCAGGUAAGCUGGCAGACAAGACAAAGGUGUAAAUAUAUAAAUAUGUGGAUCCAGUAUAUCGCUAGUUUCUUCCCAGGUGUGUGUUUGUUUGGGAUGCAUUCACCUCAUAGCUUACCAAGGGGAAAAAUACAUCUCACCCAACACACAGGCUCCGCCCCUUCCCCUUGCUCGUCCAAUCAGCAGUCACUCAGCCAGGAUGCGUUCAUAGCCUGACUGAUAGUGGGAUAUUUUUUUUAUUUCCCCCACACUCAGGCGUUAAAUAAAUAUUUGAGGUCUGCCAAGGAAGACUGUCAUGUUUACUAACUUAGUAGCAUGUUAGUAGUACAGUAAAUGAGUAGUUAGUAGAGCAUGUGCAACUGGAUGCUGAUUUCCAUACAUCAUUUCUACACAACUACCAGGUCACUCAGCCUCAAAUUGACAGGAAUAAUUAUGUAGUGUAGUGGAAAGGGUGUUAGUUUUUCUUUUUCAUUUUACAGUUUCAUUCCUGUGUUCUAUACAUACUUCACGUGUACAUCACAGUCUAGGAAGGCCACCUGCACAGCACUUAUUGUCAAGAGGUGUGGAACGCACCUGAACGUUCUUGAAGUCCACGGUGACGUUGCAGAGGACACAACCUUUCUCCGGCGCCUUGUAAGGGUUGGCCAUCUUUACCAGCUAGCAAACAAAGCAGUAUUACU